GGGGGCAAGAAGGAAGUCUUAAAUUACGUAGCGGUGUGUUAUAAAAGUGCCAUGUGUGAAGGGAAGUCACUUUAAAUUAGCGAGAACGCUCGCUCGCCAAUCCGCCAGCAUUCAGCAACCGUUCUGCUCCUGUACUCUUUGAGCACGUCAUCACAAAGCUGCAGGAAACAUCAGAACACAGAGUUUUUAACAUUUCAUGAUGAUGCGCGACUCCUGGUUUAGAAAAGUGGCAAAGUGCCUAUUACUUUUGACCCUUACGGGCGUUUUAUGGAGUCUUCCAUUUGUCAGGAGCGAAACGUGUAAUCCCAACUUAAAAAUCAGACCCGUUGUCGACAUCUCUGCAAGUCCAGAAAACAGCAGAUUACCCAUUGGUGCCUCCAUUACCCUGACUUGUACAGCGGAGCCCAGAACGAUAGAUGCAGGAUAUCUGGACAGAUGGGUCAAUUAUAUUGAGUGGUAUGAUCCACAGGAUAACAAAGUUGGAGCUAAGUGUCAACAGCCUUCAAACAUGCGUGAAUACAAACGUAAAUUAAGCUGCCCAUUAGUGCUUAAAAAUCUGACAGCUGAAAAAUUUGGCCGCUACACCUGCCAAUCUGGCAAUGGUUACAUAAAACACUGCACAAGGAAAUCAUUUGAAAUAGUGAUUCAAGGCCAUGGGCCAGAGUUACUAGGAGUUCCCCAGAACCAAAGCGCCGAUGUAGGGGCCAAUGUAACUUUCAGCUGCACUGCCACAGGUCUUCCUGCGCCAAGCAUCUCAUGGAUCAAAAACAAUGAUUCAUUUGCUUUACAAUCCAACCCAAGGGUGACAUUCAAUAACAAUCCACUGGACGGCAAAACCAUGCAAAGCCAGUUGUUUAUCACAGGGGUGAAGAAAGAAGAUUUUGGCGAAUAUCAAUGUGAGGCAAAAAACAGUGGUGGUCAAAAUUUGUCAUUGCCAGCUUUCUUAACCUCGAAAGGUCCAGGUGCCCAAAUACCUGAGAUUGUUGAGGGUCCAAAGAACCAAAGUGUCUCGAUCAGUUCCAAUGCUAUUUUCAACUGCACUGCUAAGGGUUUUCCGAGGCCAAGCAUCCAUUGGAUAAAGGACAAUACUUCAUAUCCUAUACAGUCCAACCCCAGAGCAAGUGUCAUUCAGGACGACAACAACAUUCGAAGCCAGCUCUUAAUAACAGGAGUACAGAAGGACGAUUAUGGAAAAUAUCAGUGCAUUGCCAAAAACAGCGCUGGUGGAAAAGAAUCAGGAGUGGUUUUCUUAAUUCAAAGGAACUUUGAAAUGCCGGAGAUAGUUGAAGAUCCAAAAAGCCAAACCUAUUCGAUUGGUUCCAACCAUUUUUUCAGUUGCACCGCCACUGGUCUUCCCAGGCCAAACAUAAUAUGGAUCAAGAACAAUGAUCCAAAUGUUACGAAAACCAAUCCAAGGUUGGAAAUCGUUUUAUUUUUAAAUGACACAAAAUUCCACAGCGUGCUGCUGAUAAAAGAGGCGACGGAGGAGGAUGCAGGCACAUAUCAAUGCUUUGCAAAGAACAGCGCAGGAGAGAAGAAGUCAAAUGUGGCUACUUUACAUAUAAAAGAAGCAAGAUUGCAAGAAACCUCAACCCUUCAGAUUUCGAUCCCGGUGACUGUAUCUUUUAUUGCGGCAACUGUGCUUAUCAAUGGUGUUUUGGGGCUUUGGUGGUACAUACGUUGUAAACGUGAUACAAAGCCGUUGGGACAAAGGAAAGUGGCAAAGGUCCACAUGAGCAAUGGCAAAUGCGCAACAGUCUUAAUUGCUCAGGAAGCUGAAGAAGCCCCGUCGCUUGAAGACAAGUUGGAGGAAGGGCUGCUGCAGUAUCCAAAGAACAACGGUUUGCAUGACAUGUGAUCCUUAUGAACCGGGUAAAGAGGUUUCUUUGGGCUUUUGACAUAAUCCCGGUUUUCUUUGCAGCCCACAUUAAAUAAUCGCAUAGAAUGCUAGAAGUAAACACUUGAAACGAACCCGGACAGGACUACCUACAAUGUUCUCUUUUGGUUAUUUUCUCCUUUUUAUUGUUAUUAUUAUGUUUUUUUUAGUUAGCAUCAGCUCCAAUAAAGUCAAAUUUGUGGCCGAA